AUGCUCCGAGACUGUGCACUUACGGAACGGGCAACUCUCGAACACGUCGACAACAUCGCCAUUGGCGAUAUCGCCUACUAUACAGAGCUUGGCGAUCUGUCCUUCUAUUGUGAACAUAACUUCACCAAGCUACGUCAAGGCGAAAUAGACGCAUGUGAUCGGCCCGGCUAUGAUUUACCAGUAUCAUCGUUGGAUAAAUUUUUACGAAUAUUUAAUCCAAAUUUAACUGUUGUUGCUGUACCGCCAUCAAAUUUAACUCGACAAGCUCAAAAUUUUGCUGAAGAAUUACAGAAACAUAAUGAUUCUAAGUUGAAAUGGAAACUUGUUGUUAUUAUGCUUGGGCACAAGGUAAUCUAACA